GGCUUGUGUAGGGGGAGAAAGAACUGACUCCUGAAAUGACCCAAGGAGAACAGCCUGGGAAGUGUUUUUUUUGGGUCUGAGUUUCUCUGAUACUUUGCUUAUUCCAUGCAGUGUUUCCAAUAUGAAUUUAAUGGCCAUGGAACCAAAAUGCAGAUCUCUCUAGAGAUCUCUUAGUCUUUGAUACCCUCUUUAGUAGGCAAGUCCUUUGACGUCUUUAGAGUAGCAAGGAUACCUUGUUUUGACACUCUUUUUUGGAGCUAUUAGGAUACAGGUUUCUUUGCAUCUCCUGUUGAAAAGGAAAUCAUGUUAAUGUUCUACUUGGAAAGGUCCCAGUGGAAUAAAUUGGAAGCUGAUCAUUCCCUCCCUUGCUCUUACAAAGUCUGCUGUGUGCAUGUAGUACAUCAGCUUCUGAACUGAGUUCAGUUAGGUGAGAUUUUAAAAAUCUACUCCUUAGAAUGUGUUUAACUGUCAUUUUUGUUACAGUUAUGAGCCCAUUUAUACAGAUGUACCUUAUUUUCUUGUGGGAAUGGUCUAAACUGAUAGAAGCAUCCACCUACAACUCUUAAUUUCAAGUGGAGGCAAGAAGAGAUGAUUUGUUUGUGCAGAUGUUGGUCUUAAAUGCCAGAAGAAUGCCUCCCAUCCCAGAAGUUGUAUAAAGCCAUUUCCAAGCCUAAUAACUUGCAGAAGGAGAGCAGAUCUUAUCUGGUGGAGUGCUGAAUAAACAGAAAAGCCAUGAUGACAUUGUUAUGGAGUUUGGUGACUCUGCAUGCUUUACACUCUCCUUACUGGGCCAUGUUUACUGCAAGACAGACCGGCUUGCCAAAGGAUCAGAAUGUUACCAAAAGAGCCUUAGUUUAAAUCCUUUCCUCUGGUCCCCUUUUGAAUCACUCUGUGAAAUAGGUGAAAAACCAGACCCUGACCAAACAUUUAAACUGACAUCUUUACAGAACUUCAGCAGCUGUCUGCCCAACACUUGCACAACCUUGGUGUCCAACCACAACAUAUCCCACAGGCAGCCUGAGACUGUCCUGAUGGAAACACCACAAGACACAAUUGAGCUGAACAGAAUCAACCUAGAAUCCUCCAACUCAAAAUAUUCCUCCUUGAACACGGAUUCUUCUAUGUCUUACAUUGACUCAGCUGUCAUUUCACCAGAUGCUGUCCCUCUUGGGUCAGGAACUGCCAUCUUGUCUAAACAGGCUCAAAAUAAACCAAAAACUGGGAGGAGUUUACUGGGGGGACCUGCAGCUUUGAGCCCACUGACUCCAAGCUUUGGAAUUUUGCCACUGGAAACUCCAAGCCCUGGGGAUGGAUCAUAUUUACAAAACUACACAAACUCUUCCUCUGUAAUUGAUGUGCCAUCCACAGGAGCUCCUUCAAAGAAGAAACUUCGUGUUGUGCAGACUGUCAGCAGGAUAAGCCAAGCUGGGACAAAGUCUGUCUUCUCCCAGAGUGGAAACAGCCGGGAAGUCACUCCAGUUCUUGUUGCACAAACACAGAGCUCUGGCCCACAGACAAGUACAACACCUCAGGUAUUGAGCCCAACAAUUGCUGCUCCACCAAACGCGCUGCCUCGAAGAAGCUCUCGCCUGUUUACUAGUGAUAGCUCCACAACAAAGGAAAACAGCAAAAAAUUAAAAAUGAAGUUUCCACCUAAGAUUCCCAACAGAAAAACAAAAAGUAAAACAAAUAAGGGAGGAAUAACUCAACCCAACUUAAAUGACAGUUUGGAAAUCACCAAACUGGACUCUUCCAUCAUUUCAGAAGGGAAAAUUUCCACUGUCACACCACAGAUCCAGGCUUUUACUCUACAGAAGGCAGCAGCAGAAGGUUUGAUGAGUCUUCUCCGUGACAUGGGGAAAGGUUAUUUAGCCUUGUGUUCCUACAACUGCAAAGAAGCAAUCAAUAUUUUGAGCCAUUUACCAUCCCACCACUACAACACUGGCUGGGUGCUGUGCCAAAUUGGGAGAGCUUACUUUGAGCUUGCAGAAUACAUGCAGGCUGAGAGAAUAUUUUCAGAAGUAAGGAGGAUUGAGAACUACAGAGUGGAAGGCAUGGAGAUCUACUCGACUACUCUGUGGCAUCUGCAGAAAGAUGUUGCACUCUCAGUUCUUUCAAAGGAUUUGACAGACAUGGAUAAAAACUCACCAGAGGCUUGGUGUGCUGCUGGAAACUGCUUCAGCCUGCAACGAGAGCAUGACAUUGCCAUCAAGUUCUUCCAGAGAGCCAUUCAAGUUGAUCCAAACUAUGCUUAUGCCUACACCCUGCUGGGACAUGAGUUUGUGCUGACAGAAGAACUGGACAAAGCAUUAGCUUGUUUCAGAAAUGCCAUCAGAGUCAACCCCAGACACUACAACGCAUGGUAUGGGCUGGGAAUGAUUUAUUACAAACAGGAAAAAUUCAGUCUAGCAGAAAUGCAUUUCCAGAAAGCACUUGAUAUCAAUCCUCAGAGCUCAGUCUUACUGUGUCACAUUGGAGUUGUCCAGCAUGCACUGAAAAAAUCUGAAAAGGCUUUGGAUACUUUAAACAAAGCUAUUAACAUUGACCCCAAGAACCCACUAUGCAAAUUCCAUAGAGCUUCUGUAUUGUUUGCAAAUGAAAAAUACAAGUCUGCUUUACAAGAACUUGAAGAACUGAAACAGAUUGUUCCCAAAGAGUCUCUUGUUUACUUUUUAAUAGGAAAGGUUUAUAAAAAACUGGGUCAGACACAUUUGGCCCUAAUGAAUUUCUCAUGGGCAAUGGACUUAGAUCCCAAAGGAGCCAAUAACCAGAUCAAAGAGGCCAUUGACAAACGUUACCUUCCAGAUGAUGAGGAGCCAAUCACUCAAGAAGAGCAAAUCAGUGAAUGUUACCCCUAUGAAUCAGUUGGCACAGAUGAGUCCCAGGAGAGCAGCAUGACUGAUGCAGAUGACACGCAGCUCCACGCAGUUGAAAGUGAUGAAUUUUAACCUCUAGAAGCCAGAAUCUGAGCUUGAGUGUGUGACUGGUCCUGUUGUGUUCUCCCCUCCCUUCUCAUCCUGGGUCUUCACAUCACUGAGCCAGCAUUGUCGUUGCUCUCCACUGACACCUUGAGUGUCCCACUCAGACUGGACACAGAGUUAAUGGCAGUGCAAUAUUCAGCUGCUACUGAGUCUGACUCAUUGGCUCUUACACAUUUAUGAACGUGACUGAGGAGGAAAUGCUGGUUUUGGACUCCCCUUGGCUGGAAAAAAAAAAUAUAUAUCAUGGAAGAAAAGCCUUGUGGUUUGCUGGAAACACCAGUAGAUGUGGGGAUGGUACUAAUGAAGCAGUGUCUUGUUCUUUUUUUUUCCAGAAAUGUGUCUUAGUUUGGUUCUUUCUUGGUGAGCAGAGUGCUGAACCUCAUUUCCAAGUUCUUCAAGGACAGUGUUGACAAAUGCAGGCUGUUCAGAAGACUUUGGCCUAUUGUAGUGUCACUUAAAUGCCAGGAAUGUACGUGACCUUAAAGCUGCAGUGUCUCCAGUGAACAAACAGUGCACAGGGCUGGGAGUGUGUCAGACCACACAACAUAGCCCCAUGUCCCUCCUUAGAAUGCAGACUUGGUGGAAACAUGGCAGGAGAAUCACAGUGCAGAAUCAAAGCUUUCAUUCCAUGCUUUCACCUUCUAACAGAAUUAAUUUAUUCACCUCCUUCUCUGAAAGGUCAGUGUUUACUUUGGGUGUCAAAGAGACAAGGCAGCACCACCUUGCUUCAUUUUUGGGGUUGUUUCUUUUUUUCCUCACACACCCUUUGACUUUGUUCUUCCUCUCUUUAAGAAUAAAAAUGAAUAAAGGGCAGAUCAAGAGAGAAAUGUAGCCACAGCUGUCAUGUGAAAACAUCAACCCCUUCCUCCAGAGAGACUGGGAAGACCAUGGAAGCCUUAAUACAAUCAGAACCUUACAGUCCAAACGCAUCAAUUAUUUCAGAUUAGGAUCAUUUUAGAAACUGGUUUGUAAAGUGUGGUCCAAGCAGGAUGCAGAAAUGUGCAAUUAUCUGUCUUUUGGGGGGGGGGUUGGGUUUCUUUUUUGUUGGGUUUGGUUGGUUUUUUUUUUAAGCUGUUCUUGAAGAUUCUCACUCUAGGAACACUUUCCUCUUCCAUAGAGGCUGCUUCUGUGAGAAGAAAGCUCCUCACAUUAAUGAGUCCCAAAUUCUCUUUCUCUGUAGCAACAAUUGGUGCCCUUGAUGCAGUGAUAAUAAAGAAAGUAUCUGGUAUAAGCAGUUUUAAAGAGCAAUUGAUGUAUAAUAAAUUGGGAAUGAUACCAAUUUCAUAGCACCA